GCCAGCCGCUGGGAGUGGAAGCGACUGAAGGCGAAGACCCCCAAAAACGGGCCCCCCCCUUGCCCCCGGCUGGGCCACAGCUUCUCCCUGGUGGGCAACAAGUGUUACCUCUUUGGGGGGCUGGCCAACGACAGCGAGGACCCCAAAAACAACAUCCCCCGGUACCUGAACGACCUGUACGUGCUGGAGCUGCGCCCGGGCUCGGGGGUCCUGGCCUGGGACAUCCCCAUCACUUACGGGGUCCUGCCCCCGCCCCGCGAGUCCCACACGGCCGUGGUGUACACGGAGAGGGACGGGCGCAGGUCCCGCCUCGUCAUCUACGGGGGCAUGAGUGGCUGCAGGCUGGGGGAUCUGUGGACCCUCGACAUCGAGACGCUGACGUGGAACAAGCCGAGCCUGAGCGGGGUGGCCCCCCUGCCCCGCAGCCUCCACUCGGCCACCACCAUCGGCAACAA